CAGCAAGCAGCAACAGAUGCCCAACCUGUGCACGAAAUUUAGUGGAGAGAAUUUUGAAGUGAAAAACUGGAACCCAGACGAUCGUCUUCAACAAUUCUUUACAGUGGUACGAUGAGAGAGAUGAGGAUUUCCUCCCAUUUGGAGGCAGUGAAUCCAAGAACAAAAAGGGAGGUGAGUUUCCAGGAGGCAAAGUAUGGUCAGACCUGAAAACUCAGAGGACAGGCCACCUCUUCUCUUGCUGAGCACUGAUCAUACCACCACAUGCCCACCCCAUCCCAACACGGCCAGAUCAGAGUGUUUGCACACCGGCCUGAAGUUUGCUGUGAUGUCAGCACUGCCAUAGUAACAGGGUAUGAACGAAUUGGUCAUACCUGUGCCCAGACUAUGCUCAUAUAGGACCAGUCCAAAAAUCAAAUAGUAGGAUCUUUUCCUCAUCUGUAUGUAAGGAUGGCCCCAUCCACACCUCAUGUUGCAAAGUUCUCCUGAGACAAAGCCUGGAACAGAGACUUGUUGAUUACCAAGUACCAGAGUUAUCAUCAUCAUCACUGUUAUUUUUAUAAAGUCUGGCCUUUGCGUAGGUACAACGAGAAAGGCAGCCAGAAUUUCUUCCACACAACUUGAAAGUGAAGGAAAUCAUUAAUUUGGUUCCUGUAGACAAGUAGUCCUAAUUGAUCGAGACUCAAAAUAUACAGUCUGGACUUUUUCAGUUGAUCGAAUAUGCAAGUAAUUAACUUUUCUUUAUCUUGGAUCCAAAAAUAACUAGAAUGACGUUGAACAGAAAAAUUCAGUGGUUCUGAGUUACUCGACAAGCCAUAGUCCUCCACAAGAAACAGAGAACCUGGGAACAGGCACCCCGACUUAUCCUUUAUGGCCAUACCAUAGCCUGGAAAAAUAGAGCUACGCAAAGUUUUCAUUUUUCAGAAUCCUGUGUAGAAUCCACAUGAGACACAUGGUAUAUUUAAUAUGCCUGGGUCUUAGGGACCAGGGCUGGCUAUAGGAGGGGCAUUCCCAUCUCUGUGGGCUGUGGAAUAGAGAAAAAGGAAGUUGAAGGAGGGAGGGGAUUCAAGGAGGGGCUGUGAGAGGUGGGUAGAGGAAAAGAGCCCUCUGCCCAGGUAAAAUCUCGAAUCAAGACGAGACAAGACUAAGUUGGGGAUUUUCAAGUCGCCCAGAGACUCCACAGGAAUUGAGACAGCAAAACCCAGUGUAAUGGGUUGAAUAGUGUCCCCCAAAAGUUCAUGUCCAUUGGAAACCAAAUAAGAAGAUGAUCUUGUUUGGGAACAGGGUCUUUGCAGAUGUAAUUAAUUAAGAACUGAGAUGAGAUCAUACUGGAUUAGCAUUGGUCCUAAAUCCAGUGACUGGUAUCCUUGAAGAGGAGACAGCACACAGAGACAUAGAGAAGCCUUGUGAAGAUGGAGGCAGAGACUGGCAUGAUGCAGCUACGAGCCAAGGAGUGCUGGGAGCCACCAGAGGCUGGGAGAGGGCAAGGAAGCAGCCCUCCCUAGAGCCUUCGAAGGGAGCAUGGCCAUCUGUUGCCUUGAUUUUGGAGUUCUGGCCUACAGAAUUAUAAGAGAAUAAAUUUCUGUUGUUUUAAGCCACCAGAUUUGGGAAAUGUAGAGACAGAGUUUUUCACAGAAACCUAUGGGGGACCUCAAGGGCCAGAAGCUGUUCAAGCACUGAGCUAGUUCAGACAUUACAACGGCCAGAAAGAGGAAGGACCUAGCCUGAACCACAGCUUGACUACAAUGGGAGGAAAUGGAUACGGUUGAGAAAUUAUUGGUAAAACUCUUUAUUUUAACAAAGUUGAAACCAUAAAGCCCUUUGACUCCCUAAACAUUUUAGUAUUUCCUGACCAUAGUACAAUGACGGAAAUUGGAAUUUAACGUUGACACGAUGCUUAUCUAAUCCAUUGUCCAUAUUCAAACUUUGUCAAUUUUUCACAUACUGUCAUCUCUAACUAAUUUUCCCUCUGGCCCAGGAUCUAUUCCACGAUCAUGUGUCGCAGUUCGUUGUCAUGUCCCCUGAGUCUCCUUGGCUCUGAAACAAUUCCUCUCCCUUUCUUAUCUUUCAUGACCUUCAUAGUUUUGAAGCACAGGGGGCAGUAGCUGUGUAGAAUGUCCCUCACUCCAGGUUUGUGUGGUAUUUCUUCAUCAUUAGAUUCCAGUUAUGCAUGUUUGGCAGGAAAACCACAGAAAUGAUGCUGUGUUUUUUUCUGUGCAUCAUAUCAGGAGGCAUGUGAUGUUGGCCUGUCCCAAUAUUAUUUCUGUCAACUUUUAUCAGUGGAUUAAGAGGGUACACACUAUGGAUCUCUUCAUUAAGUUACUAUGUUUCUCUCCACCAUCAGCCCUGUCCACCUCCUUCAGUGUCUGGACAAGCGAGAUCAAUUUCUACUUUCAGAGCUAAGUUAGGAAUCUGUUUGCUAGAACCUGCUGGUCUACCCUCCCCCAGCUCAACUAACCAGCCCUGGUUACCGGGCGCCUGUUCACCUUAAAGAUGGAGCACUCCACAGGGUUCUGAGUGGUCAGUUGUGGCCACAGGACACUGGUACUCGGAGGCAGAGCAGUGGAGCCCUCCCCAGCUAUGGGGGGCCUGCUGCCUGCCAGGGCAUCUGCUGUCCAGCUGAUUCUGGGGCGCCUGUGGGGGGCUCUGCAGGGGAUUUCUGGAAGUGUGAGACACAUCCUGGCUCUCCCUGCAUUCCCCUGGGAGACCCUGGUGGGUACCGUGGUGCCGGUGCUGAUAGUACAGAGACGACACGCUUUACGGAGUGUGAAGGCACUGGGCAAAAGAUGUUCUGCAACGACAGGAGCCUGUGACACCCACAGGCCGCCUGGGAUGAAGGCCAGUGCUCUCUCGUUACAAGUCUUGUGCACAUCAGCAAUAAAUACAGACCUGAGCAAGUGGUCACUUCAGGCCGCUGUCCACCUUCUGGAAGAACUACAGAAGAGCCAGCCUCCUAAACCUUCCCGAGUGACUGACGAAAGACCCACCUUAAAAGCAUCAGAGAAGGACGCAGGACAAUUUCAUAAGAAAACAACGGAUGAUUUGAAUGAAAACACUCAUUUUCCAGAAAGAGUGGAACUGCUUGAACAAGGAAUUCUGAGAUGGAAGCAGAGAGUCCAAGAAAAGGAGAAGGAGAAAGAAAGGUGGGAAAGGUCGAACGCACAAAGGAAGCAGGCCCUGAAAGACCAACUCAGCCGACUACAGGCCGUGGCUGAAAGCCUGCGGGAGAGCAUCCUCUCGCCGGAUCUCCUGGGAGACCGUGUGGAUGGCAGGAACUCGGAUAUGGAGCAGAAGACGGAAGCAGAACUGGAGAUCAAUCCAUCCGUGCGUCAGCAGUUGGUGUGAAGGGAACCACUGAUGAUGCUGACUUCGAUGUGCCCCUUCAGAGUCCUGAAGAGCAACGUCAAGGAACAGCCAGACAACUGAGGGAAGAGGAGCAAAUGAAUGUAGAGCUUAUGGAAGGAACAGCGAGUCUUGAAACCGAGGAAGCAUCUUUGCAGCAUGAAAAUUCAAAGCUUGAAAGUGAGAUUCAGUUGCUGAAGCUGAAGCUUCAAAAUCUGCCUAAAUUCCAUGAAGAUCAUUCAAAGCAACUUCAGAAAAAAAUUGUUUGAGGUGGAAACUUGCUGCUUAGAAAUUGAGAAGACUCUCCCUGGUGUGUAUAGAAACAUGACCUCCACCUGUCAGACCUGCAACCUCUACAAGCAGAUGGAGGAAGACACGCACAGAGAAGUGGAGAGAAACACUGCCUCCACCCGCAAGGAGAUCCUCUUCUGGUGGAAAAGAGCUCAGGAAAGCUGGAUGGCAGCCGUGUUGACCUAGAGAGCUCAAGGAGCUAAGAAGAGAAAAUGACCGCACCAGGCAAAUGCUGCCCAAGGUCGAGUCCACGUCUCGGGCUUUCCCAAGUGGCUCUUUGUCUCCAGCUGCUCCAUCUGCAGCCCCCAGAGGCCUGGAGGGGUGGGGGGAUCCCCGGGGUCAUGAGGGCCCCCAGCAAGGAGGAGGGUCCUGCCGUGAGCGCGCAGAGAUCUGGGGUCACCUGUGGCUUUGACUCGGCUCACUGCAGCUGGGUCCUGAACCCCUGCAACCACGCAGACCACCUGCACGGGUUUCUGUUAGAGUUCUGUUGGCUGAUCUCUUGUUCGUUAAGCUGCUGUUGCUAGACUGAUGCCACAAUUCCUCUCGUUAGCAGAGCAUUGCGACUUUACGGGAGUAUUAUUUAAAUACAGAUUUGUUAAUAUAACUCUCGUGAAUACAUCAUUUCCCCCUCAGACCUUUUAGAAUUAUAGACUGUGUGUAUCACAUUUUGAUUUAAAUUAAAUGUCUGCUAUUACUUAAACCAUCCUCUAAGUCCGACGAGGAUAAAGACAUCUAAAACAAUACAGACCAUUUCUGUAUGCUAUGGCAUUAAUGCAAGUCUGUAGAAGUAGCUUAAUAUUUACCUGAAUUAAUUUUGGCUGGUUUUAAAAACAACACAAAAAAAACCCAAACAAAGCAACGCCCUAUUCAAACUACACAAGAUUUUUAUUAGUUUGAUCCUAAAUUCAUAGUUUAGAAAACUUAAGAUUUUGCAACCACUUCUUUCUUGCUUUGUAUUUUUUCUUAAUCUUUGUUCUUUUGUUUAAG